AUGACGUCUCAAGAGGAGGCAUCUUCCUUCAGGAGGUUUUUCCAGUAUGUGGAGGACAGCGGCCUUCGAACCUACGAUGGUCUGGUGAUCCAGAACGCCUCCGACAUCGCCAGAGAGAGCGACCGCGUUCGCAAUCAGACCAACUGGACCUACCUGCAGGAGAAACACCAGAAGAAAAGACGGCAAGAAGAAGCCAUCAAAAGGAUUGGUGAAGAUGUUGCCAGGGCAACAGACGGGGCGUACUCCGGGAAACAUUUCAGGAUGGGAUUCAUGACGAUGCCGGCCCCGCAGGACCGGAUCCCUCCGCCCAGCCAAGGCUUCACUGUCCGCUCGCAGUCCCUCCACUCGGUGGGCAGCGGAGACGACGACACCAACCUCAACCGGAAACACCCUCCACCCAAACCCAAAAGAGAUCCCAACACUAAGCUGAGCAGCAGCUCCGAGACGGUCAACGGAGGCUCGGUGGUCCCCAACAGAUCUAAAGAGUCCAACGAGAUGUCAGAACAGGCUGAAGCUCGAUGUCCAUACUCAGAGGACUCUAGGAAGAUGCCCCCUCCAAAACCCAAAAGGAACCCGAACACGCAGCUCAGCACCUCCUUCGAUGAGUCUUACAUUCGUAACCAUAGCAACAGGAAAUCUUCCUCACGACGAGACAAAGCGUCCUCCCAAAGCCAGAGUCCCGCGUCCAGAGACACGGACGAUGAGGAGCCGGUUUACAUCGAGAUGGUGGGACACGUCCUGCAGGAGCUGAAGGGUCCGGACUCCGAAGGGGACGAGCUGAACGAGGCGGUCUACGAGGAGAUGAAGUUCCCGGUUUUGGAGGACUUCUUGCAGGACGGCGUCAUGGACCCCGAGUCCUGCGACAUUCCGCCCCCCUUCCCCAACCUCCUGACCCCCCGCCCCCCAUUGCUCGUCUUCCCCCCUGCCCCCGUCCAGUGCUCCCCCCACUCACCUGAAUCCCCGCUGACCCCUCUGGACGUCACCCGCUUGCCGGCGCUGGAGAACACUCCCUACAACAAAGCAGGGGGGGGCGAACCCCAGCAGAGUUCUGCCUCCCACCGCAGAGAGCGGGACCUGCCCCCCACCCACACUAUUACAUCAUCAGGCCGCUCCUCAGCCCCGCCCCUCGCCUCCUCCCUCUACAAGUCGUCUGGCUCCGCCCACAGCGGGCACGGGUAUCCUCGCAGCCAAUCAGCAUGCCCGUCUCCGGUGAGUAUGGGGCGCUGUCUGACUCCCCUGAGCCUGAAGAGGCCGCCCCCCUAUGACGCUCUGAUGCCCCGCCCCCCCUCCCACCGGGCCCAGGAGGGAGGGGCUAAGCUCAGUAACUCCGCCUCCACCCACGGCUCCAUGCAGAACGUGUCGAUGAGGUCACAGACGCCAACGAGCCCAUUGGACGAUCACAACAACCUGUUCACCUCCGGACGAAUCAGGAAAGGCUCCGGAGGCCGGAGGAGUGAAGGAGACUCCAGGUCUCUGCCCAGACAUCACAGUAAGGACAGAGACGGACAAUCAAGUCCUGUUUCUAGCAGGAUGGGGAGGUCAUCAGUCAGCCCGACCAUGAUGCUGGCUGGAGGAGGAGGAGGAGGAGGAGGAGGAGGAGAAUCAAAGUCUGUGUGUAAACUCGGCCUCGCAUCUACGUCGGGAGUUCCUUCACCGGGUGGAACGGGUCAGCGCCAGCAGCACGAGCAGCACCAUCCUGUCCUCAGCCAGAUGCCGUGGCUCUGCGGAGACACCACCAUGAUGGAGAUGAUCGAGAAGAAAAGAGUUCUGUGUCGGGAGAUCAAAGCUCGCCAGCGUCCUGAGAAGAACCUCUGUAAACAGGACAGCAUGCCCAUCCUGCCCAGCUGGAAGAGAAAGCAGCCGCCACCAUAUUCAGCCCCCCCCAGCACUGCUGCCGGGCAAUCCACCACGGUGUUCUGGGACACCGCUAUCUGA